GCACAUUUCUGCGAACCCCGGGUGUGUGCGGAAGGGGCGUGCAGGAGGUACCCCGGCCCGAGCAGAGGGCAACUGGGUGACUGGAUUGGCGAAGGGCUGCUUUCUCUGGCUCGGGGCUCCUCAGCGUGUAGACACUCCCCCGACCCUUCCCCCCCCACCCCCCCCAUCCGCCUCCAGCAGCUGCUACUGCCUGCCUCCCGCCGGCUGCCGCGAAAACCCGGAACAGCUGCGUGCGCUCGUGGAAAGUCCUCCUAGGGGCGAAGCCGGGCAGCUGGGCAUGCUCAGUAGCUGGGGGAGGCUUGGGUGGAGAGUAGAAAGCCGCGGCUCUGCCUCCCAUCCCCUCCCUCUGGCCCCCGCCCCCCUUGCCCCUACCCAGCCCGUAGUAGUUGCCCGGCGUGCGCCCGUGGAGACUGGGAACAUGGCGCUCCGAGCGGUGUAGCAGCCGCGGAGGAGAAGCGGAGGAGGCGCCGCCGCUGCGCUGACAGCCAGCCACCAGAGCAUGCUGUAAUAGGCACUGUCCAUUUCCUGAAAAAAAGAGAGAAAGUCUGAGACCUAUGUCAAUAAAAGAAAAAUAACCAUCAGCAUCACAAGAGCCAGAAAUACACUGUGGCGAAAUGCUUCCACCUCUUGCCAAAAUGAACACUGAAGAAAAAUGAAGAACACUGAAGAAAUCCAACAAAAAGUUGCAGAACAGAAAUAGCCAAACUCCUCUGGAAUCUGAUUCAUCCACAGCCAUCAUAAAAAGGUCUUUGCAUCAUGUUCGGAAAGAAAAAGAAAAAGAUUGAAAUAUCUGGUCCAUCCAACUUUGAACACAGGGUUCACACUGGGUUUGAUCCGCAAGAACAGAAAUUCACGGGCCUCCCGCAGCAGUGGCACAGCCUGUUAGCAGACACGGCCAACAGGCGGAAGCCCAUGGUAGACCCUUCCUGCAUCACACCCAUCCAGCUGGCUCCUAUGAAGACAAUCGUUAGAGGAAAUAAACCAUGCAAAGAAACCUCCAUCAACGGCCUGCUGGAGGACUUCGACAACAUCUCUGUGACUCGCUCCAACUCCCUAAGGAAAGAAAGCCCACCCACCCCAGACCAGGGAGCCUCCAGCUACGGUCAAGGCCAUCGGGAAGAAAAUGGCUUCAUCACCUUCUCGCAGUAUUCCAGCGAGUCCGAUACCACUGCUGACUACAGCACUGAGAAGUAUCGAGAAAAGAGUCUCUAUGGUGAUGACCUGGAUCAGUUUUAUAAAGGCAGCCAUGCCGCCAAGCAAAAUGGGCAUGUCACAAAGACCAAACACGGGGAAGCCUACUAUUCUGAGAUGAAGCCUUUGAAAUCCGAUAUUGCCAGAUUUCCUGUUGAUUAUCACACACACUUGGACUCACUGAGCAAACCAAGUGAAUACAAUGAGCUCAAGUGGGAGUACCAGAGAGCCUCAAGCAGUUCCCCUCUAGAUUAUCCAUUCCAAUUCAUGCCUUCUAGAACUGCGGGGACCAGCGGGUGUUCCAAGGAGAGUCUGGUGUUCAGCGAAAGCGAGUGGGGACCCAGCCUAGAUGACUAUGAUAGGAGGCCAAAGUCAUCAUACUUGAAUCAGACCAGCCCUCAGCCCACCAUGCGGCAAAGGUCCAGGUCAGGUUCGGGGCUCCAGGAACCAAUGAUGCCCUUCGGAGCAAGUGCAUUUAAAACCCACCCCCAAGGACACUCGUACAACUCCUACACCUACCCUCGCCUGUCCGAGCCCACAAUGUGCAUUCCAAAGGUGGAUUACGAUCGAGCACAGAUGGUCCUCAGCCCUCCGCUGUCAGGGUCUGACACCUACCCCAGGGGGCCCGCCAAACUACCUCAAAGUCAAAGCAAAGCAGGCUACUCCUCAAGCAGCCACCAGUACCCAUCUGGGUACCACAAAGCCACCCUCUACCACCACCCCUCCCUGCAGACCAGUUCACAGUACAUCUCCACAGCUUCUUAUCUGAGCUCUCUGAGUAUCUCAUCCAGUACCUAUCCCCCACCCAGCUGGGGCUCCUCCUCAGACCAGCAGCCCUCCAGGGUGUCCCAUGAACAGUUUCGGGCUGCUCUGCAGCUGGUGGUCAGCCCCGGAGACCCCAGAGAAUACUUGGACAACUUUAUCAAAAUCGGAGAAGGGUCAACUGGCAUUGUGUGCAUCGCAACUGAGAAACACACAGGGAAACAAGUUGCAGUGAAGAAAAUGGACCUCCGCAAGCAACAGAGACGAGAACUGCUCUUUAAUGAGGUUGUGAUAAUGCGGGAUUACCACCAUGACAACGUGGUUGACAUGUAUAACAGCUACCUUGUUGGCGACGAGCUCUGGGUGGUCAUGGAAUUUCUAGAAGGCGGUGCCUUGACAGACAUUGUCACUCAUACCAGAAUGAAUGAAGAACAGAUAGCCACCGUCUGUCUGUCAGUUCUGAGAGCUCUUUCCUACCUUCACAAUCAAGGAGUGAUUCACAGGGACAUAAAAAGUGACUCCAUCCUCCUGACAAGUGAUGGCCGGAUAAAGCUAUCUGACUUUGGUUUCUGUGCUCAAGUUUCUAAAGAGGUGCCGAAGAGGAAAUCACUGGUUGGCACUCCUUACUGGAUGGCACCUGAGGUGAUUUCUAGGCUACCUUAUGGGACAGAGGUGGAUAUCUGGUCCCUCGGAAUCAUGGUGAUAGAAAUGAUUGAUGGCGAGCCCCCCUAUUUCAAUGAGCCCCCCCUCCAGGCAAUGCGGAGGAUUCGGGACAGUUUACCUCCAAGAGUGAAGGACCUACACAAGGUUUCUUCAGUGCUCCGGGGAUUCCUAGACCUGAUGCUGGUGAGGGAACCCUCACAAAGAGCCACAGCCCAGGAACUCCUUGGACAUCCAUUCUUGAAACUGGCAGGUCCGCCAUCUUGCAUCGUUCCCCUCAUGAGACAAUACAGACAUCACUGAGCAAAGGAUUCAGUGGAAGCGCUAGAUGAGGACAUAAGAAUAAUUCAGGAGAACAUGAGGAACACGAAAGAGUCUUGUGGACUCUACCCAGCUGAUUGAUGGGACAAUGUGAUGACAGGCAGGGUUCAACAGACCAGGGCAUCUUCUUGUGUCUUAAAUAGGCAUCUCUCCACCGACAGCUGGCGUGAUCAUUUGGAACAAGGCUUUAAUAAGUCAUUAUUAUAUUUUUCAGCCCUUCAUCCAGCAAAUCAGAAGGACUCAGUACAAACUCCGUUACGAUAUAUCCUAGCCACAUGCAGGGUAACGCAUAGGAUUUUCUAUAUUGAAAGAAUACUUUUCUGGCAAAAAAAAAAAAAAAAAAGAAAGAAAAAAAAGAAAGGAAAACAAAAA